AUGUGGAAACUGAAGAUCGCAGAGGGAGGGAGUCCAUGGCUGCGUACGACAAACGAUCACGUAGGCCGACAAUUUUGGGAGUUUGAUCCUACGCUGGGGUCCCCCGAGGAACUGGCCGAUAUCGAGAAAGCUCGACAGAUAUUUCAUGAAAAUCGGUUCAAGAAAAAACACAGCUCAGAUCUGCUUAUGCGCAUUCAGUUUGCAAAGGAGAACUCAAAUUCAUCUGUAUUCCCACCAAAAGUCGACAUAAAAAAUGAUGAAGAUAUUACGGAGGAUAAAGUAACAAAUGUAUUAAGAAGAGCUAUUGGUUUCCAUUCAACCCUCCAGGCAGAUGAUGGACAUUGGCCAGGAGACAUAGGGAGCCCUAUGUUUUUAUUGCCUGGUUUGGUCAUUACCCUAACAAUUACAGGGGAAUUGAAUGCAGUCUUAUCCAAAGAGCAUAAACAGGAGAUGUGCCGCUACAUUUACAAUCAUCAGAAUAGAGAUGGUGGAUGGGGUCUACACAUCGAGGGUCAUAGCACUAUGUUUGGCAGUGCCUUAAACUAUGUUACCUUGAGAUUGUUGGGUGAAGGAUGUAAUGAUGGAGAAGGGGCAAUGGAGAAGGGACGCAAGUGGAUUUUGGACCAUGGUGGUGCCACUUCAAUAACAUCUUGGGGAAAGUUUUGGCUUUCAGUACUUGGGGUAUUUGAGUGGUCAGGAAAUAAUCCGUUACCUCCUGAGAUGUGGGUCCUUCCAUAUUUCUUUCCAGUGCAUCCAGGUAGGAUGUGGUCUCAUUGCCGGAUGGUGUACCUGCCUAUGUCAUACUUAUAUGGGAAGAGGUUUGUUGGACCAAUCACAUCUACCAUUCUAUCCUUGAGAGAGGAGCUAUUUAUUGUCCCCUAUCACAAUAUAGAUUGGAAUGAUUCACGCAACCUUUGUGCCAAG